AUGCAGAGCAGGUCUACGGUUGCAGCAUCAAGCAAGUGGCUGGAGGAGAUACAAAAAUGGUACCAGAACACUGUAAAUCAACUAUAAUAAAUAAAAUUUUAAAAAAUGUAUGAGGAUGAUGAUAUAAAAGAAGCCACAAGAAGACUUUCUGAGAACCUUUAUAAUCACAGAGUGUUUCGCAUUAAGAGAGCAUCGGACCUGACUAUGAGACUGCAGAUCUUGCCUAAAGAGCAGUGGACAAACUACGAGGAAGAGAAAUUCCACCUUGAACCACAUCCAAGAGAGGUUAUUUGGGAAAGAAAAGGGAGAGCAGCAUGGGCAAAGAAAUAA